AUGGCCAACGCAGAUCUCCUCCAGCAGGCCCCGACCAAGGCCUGCCACAACUGCCGCCGCCGCCGCCUCCGCUGCGACCGCUCCUAUCCCAGCUGCCACAAGUGCACAACUGCCGGCCACGAGUGUCUGGGCUACGGCAAGCUCUACAAAUGGGCCGACGGUGUCGCCAGCCGAGGCAAGCUCGCCGGCAAGUCCUCGGCCGCCUGUCUCCUGUCGUCUUCCUCUUCGCCUUCGUCUUCGGCGGCGCCUUAUCGGGCCUCCUCAUCCGCCACUGCUCUUCCUGUGAACAGCAGCAGCGCACUCCGUCAUGCGAGCAGGGGAGGUGCAGCAGUCCGGAGUCACGUCGUCCCGGGCCCCUCUGCAUCCCAUGACGGCCCCGAACCUGACCACGUUGUUGACAGGCAGCUGUGCCGCCGGUCGCCGCCCGCGACACCAGGCCAUGCGCACGGCGUGCCCGCGACGCCGUGGGUGCUCGUCGACCCCAUAUUCCAAGACAUCGAUCAGCCCUACCGCUACUACCUGUCCUACUUCACGACCCGGCUCGUCAAGGAUCUCGUCUCCCACGACCUGCCAGACCGCAACCCCUUCCGCAGCCUCAUCCCCUUAACUCAAGGAAACCCUCUACUCCAGCAUGUCAUCGUCGCCGCCUCUGCUGCUCAUCUCUCCAACCUCACCAAGCCCUCGAUGGCUGCGAUAGCUGCCCACGAUGCCAGUGGCAUGAUCAUCCAUCGCAGCGAGGAAGCCUCCCGUCGCGCCCUCAUGGACUCGCUCAUCGCCAAGGCAAAAGGCUCUGCCGCCUUCUCAACGAGGCUCUCCCAGAACAUGGACAUAUGGGCAGCGACGUCAUCCUCGCCGCCGUUCUGUUCUUCAUCAACGUCGAGCUCAUCGAGUCGGGCAAGCACGGCUGGAAGGCCCAUCUCGAGGGCGCCGGCCGCAUCAUGA